UUUUCAAAAUUAUAAUACAACAAACGGCUUUGAGAAUUUUUUAGGCGAUUGAUAUAUGAUAGCCCAUUGUAUUGUACACAAUUAUUAUAGGUUAGAAGUAAAUUGAUCAAAAGAAAUAAUUUACUAAUGAUUUUCACAUGUAAUAUGAAAUUACACAUAGACUAAAUUACGAGAUUUCACUGAUAUAUUACUCAUGUGGUACGGUUUAGCAAAUGAUCCCGCCACGAUGGAGCAUUUGGUUUUGAGGAAGCAGAUUUCAGCAUGUGUGGUGUUUGCAGGAGAUGCUAAGGUGAUCUUGGACAAGGUGGCAGAAAAGAUGGUGCGGGAUACAGAUGGUGGUGUGAUUUUAGAAGAAAUUCAAGUGUUUCAACAUUUUAACAUUUACAUUGUCGGUCGUAGUCGUAAUAAGGUGACCUGAAAAGUCAUUUUUUUGUACCCUAAUUUUCUAGAAUUCGAUAUUCAUCUUGAUUAUUAUCAAUCACGAGACACUUUUGUAUAGUCUUGUUUCUUUUCUUUUUUUUGGUAAAAUGUAUAGUCUUAUUUCUUGAUAAUACUAGUUAUCCUACAAUUUUUUUUUACCGAAUAACUCUCUUUUGUAAAUACACCAAUAACUUGAUUUGCGGGAAAAGAAGAAGAAGAAAAACAACGCCCCUGUUUCUUCUCCUCCUUUUUAGCUCCACCUUUCUCUUCCUUCUCUCUCUUCAACCUCAGAGACGGAGUCACACUCCCAUCUCAAUCAAUCAUUCAUUCAUUCAAUCUCACUUCCUCCGCUUCACUUAUCCCUUCCACCUCUCUCUGCUUUCGCCUCCAAUCCCACAGCACCGCCGUCGCCGCCGGCCCGCCGCGAUGUCGCUGGCCAGAUUGAUGAAGGAGCGGACCUUCGGAUUGGCCUUGUUCCUCUUCCUAUUCGUCUUCCUCGUCUCCAUCACCUUCUUCUUCCUCUCCAGCGGCAAGACCGUCGACCUCCCUUACUACUUCUCCCUCUCCGAUCGCUCCGACGUCUCCGCCGAUCCCGGCGGCGGCUCCACCGAUGCCGAUGCCAACGACGCCCCCGUCCCUCCCGGCAAGGACUCCCCGGCUCUCAAGGCCAGGAAGUCCAACUUCCCCACCCCGCCGGCCCUCGACAUUGCGUGGCGGCCCUGCGAGGGAGUCAUGGCGGUGGAUUUCAUCCCCUGUUUGGAUAAUACUGAAGCAAUCAAGCAGCUCCAGUCCAGAAGGCACAUGGAGCACAGGGAGAGACACUGCCCUAAACCGGCGCCCCUCAGGUGCUUGGUCCCUCUCCCCAAUGGAUACAAGCGCCCUCUGCCUUGGCCUAAAAGCAGAGACAUGAUAUGGUACGACAAUGUCCCACAUCCUAAGCUGGUGGAGUACAAAAAGGAGCAGAACUGGGUGCGCAAGGAAGGGGAUCACUUCGUAUUCCCUGGAGGCGGGACACAGUUCAAAGAUGGCGUCUCCAACUACGCCAGCUUCAUUCAGAAGACGGUCCCAAUUAUCCACUGGGGAAGACAGAUGAGGGUGGCUCUGGACGUGGGUUGUGGUGUGGCGAGCUUUGGCGGAUACUUGCUCGACAAGCAAGUCCUGACGAUGUCGAUGGCACCCAAGGAUGAACACGAAGCUCAGAUUCAAUUUGCGCUCGAGAGAGGGAUUCCUGCCAUCCUUUCGGUGAUCGGGACGCAGCAGCUCGUGUUUCCUGAUAAUGCUUUCGACCUGAUUCAUUGCGCUCGUUGCAGGGUUCACUGGGAUGCCGAUGGUGGGAAGCCGCUUCUGGAGCUCAACAGGGUUUUGAGGCCUGGAGGUUUCUUUGUAUGGUCAGCCACGCCUGUGUACCGGGACAAUCAAAGAGACACCAAAGUUUGGAAAGCAAUGGUGGCUUUGACUGAAUCUAUGUGCUGGAAAGUUGUGGCCAAGACAAUGGACUCGACAGGAAUAGGAAUGGUAAUCUAUCAGAAACCAGAGAAUCCUUCUUGCUACGAGAAACGCCCACAGAAUAAUCCUCCUUUGUGUGACCAGAACGAUCAGCACAGCGUUUCAUGGUACACACCUCUGCGAGGCUGCAUUUCAAGGCUGCCACUAGACAAAGAAGGCAAAGUCAUUAAGUGGCCAGCAACAUGGCCUUACAGGCUCAGCCGUCUCCCUGUUUCCAUGCCAUCGGAACUUGGAGUUGUAGAGCAGUACAACGCAGAUAACAGACGUUGGACCGCUCUUGUAUCCGAUACUUAUCUCAUGAAACUCAACAUCAGCUGGCCUAGCGUUCGUAAUAUCAUGGAUAUGAAUGCCGGCUAUGGAGGGUUUGCUGCAGCACUGAUCGAUCUUCCGUAUUGGGUGAUGAAUGUUGUUCCGGUUCACGAGGAAGACACUCUCAACAUCAUCUAUGACAGAGGGUUGAUUGGAGUUUACCACGAUUGGUGCGAGUCAUUCAACACCUAUCCCCGAACUUAUGACCUUCUCCAUUCCAGCUUCCUCUUCAAGAGACUCUCGGAAAGAUGUGACCUGAUAGAUGUCGGGGUAGAGAUUGACCGGAUAGUGAGACCUGGUGGGUAUCUUCUGGUCUUUGACACCAUAGAAAUGAUCAACAAGCUGACUGCAAUAUUGAAGUCGCUACAUUGGUCGGUCAAAAUCCAUCAAGCUCAGUACUUGGUUGCCCAGAAAAAUCUCUGGCGCCCCACCAGUUGAAGCCAAUUACAGCAGCACUAUAGAAUCAAUCAAGUCUAGGUAAGCUCAAGUUCUGGCAAUCGGUGGUAAAGUAAUAGGAGAGAUGAGGAUCUUCGUAGCUAAGACGU